GCUGCAUUGCCCGGCAUUACGGUAAAUGCUAUUUGAAGCGACUGUACCACCACGACACAAUGCAAGUGCCCCGACUUUAAAUUGAUUAAACGGCAGCUCUUGCGUAUCACCGACAGUUAUAUGCCUGUCUCACCGACAGUUAUGUUCAUGUUUUGCUUGUGAAGUGAAGAGAAGUGUGAGGCUUGGAGCAAUUAACUAGCAUUUCUGACGCGUCCGCUUACUAAGACAAAAACGCCGGUAUAGCUUUUUGUCAGCUAGCUAGCGAGCUAACAAGGGAGGCACCUGACUGGGUGUGCAUCAUCGUCUCCACUAAGGACACACUAUGGAGUUUCCUUUUGAUAUAAACCAGCUAUUUUCCGAGAGGGUAACCAUCUUGGACCAGACCCUUGGUGGAGGUCGUCUUACUCCGAGAAGGCCAAAUCUUCAGUCCCAACUUGUUGCUGUUAUUGACGAACUUGGAAAAGCCUCAGCAAAGGCCCAAACGCUAACAACGCCUGUAACAAGUACUAUCAAGUUGCAGUCUCAGCAACAUCAACUCUACGUGAUGAAAGAUGGAGAAAGCAAUGGAGGACGUGGUGUCAUUGUAGGAUUUCUCAAGGUGGGAUGCAAGAAGUUGUUUCUGCUCGAUAAAAAAGGUGUCCAUGUAGAAGCUGAGCCACUGUGUGUUCUGGAUUUCUUCAUAGCUCAGAACUUGCAAAGACACGGAUAUGGACUAGAGCUGUUUAACUUCAUGUUGCAGGACAAGAAUUUAGAACCAGAGCUGAUGGCUUUUGACAGACCCUCGCCCAAAUUUUUGUCUUUUCUGGCCAAGCAUUACCGCCUCACACAAAGUGUUCCUCAGGUCAAUCACUUUGUUGUUUUUGAAGGCUUUUUCCUCAACAAAGCAGUGGUCCAGUUGAGAAAGGUUUCCCUAAGAAAGCCGGACGGCGAGAUCAAACCUUACUCUUUAAUGGAGAGAGACGUGGUACGUCAGGAGCAGAGGACUCCUCCAUGGCCGUUUGCUCCUCCUCACUCUCCCCAGCGGUCGGUAUUCUCCCAGUACUCCCACAGUGUGGGAUCGUCCCCCACCAGGGUGCCACCUCAAGCCCCCGCCGUGCCUGUCCCUGGGAUAGACAGGGACCAGAACCCGCACUUUCCUCUCAUCGAACGCUGCAGAGCAAGAAGCACCAGCCAACGAGGCCAAGUUGCCAGAGGUGAUCUGCACAGUCGCUACAUGGACAUGAAAUCUUUAGGAAAGCGGGCAACACCUUUGUCAGGUCCCAGAUGGGGAGGAGAACACAUACUGGGGCAUACAGAAGCACACAAAGUGGCCAAUCUUCCCAUACCACAGAGCAGUUGUUUCUUUACAGUACAUCCGAAAAGGAAUGGAAAGAAGCAGAGUAUAUUUAAUCCUACCCCUUUUUAUAUCAUACCAGAUUUGUCCCACUCCCUUGUUCUGUGUUUGAAAAAAAUAAAUAUACCAUAAAUAAUGUUUCAGAUGUUCAUCAUAAUUGUUCUUCUUUGUACUUUGUGAACACUUGUAGUUUGAACAAUCUCUUGAACUGAAUCCUAUUAGUGCUUUGUUUGAUUUCCUUGCUUAAUCCAUUCUAUAUUUUAUUUCUACAUAUGGAUAUGCUAGAGGUCUUAAGUAUUGCAUGUGCAUACAAAUGUUUGAAGUUAGAUUUUCCUCUAAGGUUAUAUUUCUCCUCUUUUGUUGAGAAGAACGUGUUGUACAUUCUUGGGUAGCAAGUUAUAGUUUUGCCUUGUACAUAAUAUUAGCUAAUUGCAAAUGCAUCAAGUUGUUGAAUUUCAAUAUUUUUGAUUCAAUAAACAAAGAGUUUGUAUGUUCUCUAUAUCCAACAUUAUGUAUUAUUGUAACUGAUCUUUUUCUAACACCUUUACUGAAUGAAGCGCACUCAUGUAUGUUCUCUCCUGAACAAAACAGAGUUGUAUAAUCUGCAAAUGAUACUAGCUUUAAGUCUUUCGUAACUUUACAAAUGUUGUUUCUACAAAGACUGAACAAUUUUGGUUCCAGUAUUGAUCCUGAGUUACGCCACAAUAUAAAGUUUGUUCUCCUAUUGCUUCCUGUUGGUUGAGUAGUUUCUUACCCAGUUCAAGACCACCCUCUGAUUUCAUACCGUUGUAAUUUGUUUAUUAAGAUGCUAUGAUUGAUUGUGUUAAAUGCUUUUUUGUGUAAUUUAUAAACACUGCAACAGCACAUUUUUUGCUAUUUAUUUAUUGCAUUGGUGAUCUCCUCCGUUAUUUCGAUUAGUGCAAU